AUGGAACUGAAACCUCCAAAGCCCGUUUCUUCUAUUCUCCUCCGAUUCCUUCUAUUCUCGUCCAGUUCCUUCGUUAUGUUCUGUGGAAUAGAUUUAACAUUUUUUGGCUUCUACUUUAUCUAUAAUGCCGCCGGAAUUGGAGUGGAUCGCAGUUUUCUCUUCUUGCCCGGAUACAUAUUAGUUCUUGGGGUGGGCGUCACAAUUGUGGGAGGAAUUGGAAUUGUUUGCGUUUUCUGUCGAGCUAAAUGUCUAAUUGGAGUGUUUAUUGCAUUGAUGGUUCUUAUCAUUGUCUGUCAAGUAAUUGGAGGUUCAGUGAUCCUAGCGUUAUCCGAAUAUUUGGCGAAUCUUGCUGUGGAGGCUGUCAGGAUUAAGGCUUCAGUAGUAAAUGCCACGCUACACCCUUCUCAAGAGAGCAAAGCCUUCCGUUCAUUCCAGAUCAGUAUGGGUUGCUGCGGCUUUGAUGGACCUUCUGAGUAUGGAAAUAAAACCAAGGAGCAAUGUUGUGUUGAAGGCGAUUGUACAGAAGUACCUCAAAAGUUGGCGGAUCUUGCUGUGGAGGCUGUCAGGAUUAAGGCUUUAGUAGUAGUUAAUGGCACGCUACACCCUUCUCAAGAGAGCAAAGCCUUCCGUUCAUUCCAGAUCAGUAUGGGUUGCUGCGGCUUUGAUGGACCUUCUGAUUAUGGAAAUAAAACCAUGGAGCAAUGUUGUGUUGAAGGCGAUCGUACAGAAGUACCUCAAAAGGUUAACAUUACUUGA